AUGCCCACCAACCUGCUCGACAAGUUCGGGCUGGAUCGCAACCCCUUCACCGACCGCACUGCCGAGAAGACCAGCCUUCAUGAUGCGUCCCUGUACCAGCACUCCGACAUGCAGGGUUUCCGGCCCAGCGACCGCACGUACGUGAUCUUCGGGCGCCGCGGCAGUGGCAAGACGACGAUCCGGCUGCAGAUGAUGGCCGCGUAUAGGGCGCACAACGAGGCGGCGCAGGAGGCUGGGAAGUCCAGGGGGCACUUUGUGGUGGACCUGUGCCGCCCGGGGCACCUCACGGCGUGCCUGAGGGAGUUUCAGGAGCGAAUUGGGGCAAACCUGGAGAACUGGGAUGCCCAGUUUCAGGAAAAUUGGACCACGAUCGACAUGGUGGACUGCAUUCUGUCAUUUGCUGCAACAGAGCUUGUGAGCAGGAUCGUCAAGCCGGGCGGCAAGGGGCUGGAGAUGCUCAAGGCACUGAGGAAUGAGGGCCGCCGUGCAAAGCAGUUCCUGUUGCUUGCUCACCUCUAUGCUCGGACAGACUCUGCCGCACUCGCAUUCUUGCGGAAGAGUUUGAUCCCGCCCCCCUACACUACCAGUCAGAUGGCUGGAGGGGUGGGAAUCGGAAUGGCUGCGAUAGCUGGCACUACUAUUGUUGCCAACAGCCCGGGCAUCCAAGACGCGCUUUCAGGGCCAUUGGACCGCAUGUGGGAUACACUGACCCAGCAUCUGCCAGGCCUGGACAAGUAUCCCAAGCUGUACCUUGCUGGGGCUGGCCUUGCAGUGGCGGCAAGUGCCUGGGGCUACCUGCAGGCAGUAUCCAGAAGGUCAAUGAGGAGGGCAGAGGGUGUGCAACGGAGCAUCCGUGUUGUGAAGCAGCAGAGGCCCGAACUCAUUGGAUUGCUAUUGGGACAGUUGUUCACCCCAAGCGACACUGUCGACACUGUUAGGGAAAUGUACAUUGGCGUCAGUGCCCACCAGAAGCUUGACCUCCUGCAGGACCUGGUUAUGCUCAUGGGCUUUGAGUCCCUCACAGUCUUCGGCGAUUGCUUCGAUGAAGUCACUCUGCUGGACCCUGUGCUGUACCCUGGGGCCAUCAAGGUGUUUGCUCGGGAUGUGUGUCGAAACGACCUCCUCAACUUUGGGCGCUUGCACUUCUUCUUCCCCGAUUCCAGGCUGGCCCUCGACCUCAACACAGACAAGACUCUAAAAGAGGCGAGAUUUGACCGCCACUAUGUUCGCGACCUGGUAUGGUCUCGGCACCAGCUGGAGGAGCUCGCUGAGCGCAGGUGGCAGGCCUCCCAAGACGCAAACAGAGCAUCGGCCAUCGCCAUGGAGGGAUCAGAUCCAGAUAUGGGCUCAGAGACGACGUUUUCCGAUCUCUUCAAAAAGGUGCGCGGGGAAGACUUUUCCAGCUACAUCGCCAAGCUGUCCACCCCGCGCGAGCUGCUCAUGAUGAUGUCCGAGAUGUUCAGUCGCAUGGAGGCCCAUCCAGAUGGGGCGCUAACCGCUCAGGACAUGGAAAUUGCGGUGACCAAGGCGCUGGAACAGGCCGUCUGA